CAGCUGCAACAGCAGCAUUGUGAAGACCCUGCUGGCACUCGUUCUCGGCCCAACAACACGGUCGACCUUUUGUCUCUCUCUAAUAUGGAGGCCAUCAAGCGCUUAAAAGGUAUUAGGGGAGUUUGUGUUGCCAGCCAACUAAGUUUCUUCAUCAUGUGCCUUUGCAUGCGUGGAGCAUCUGCAAGAUAA